AUGGUGUCAUUUACGCAAACUGGCGAAGCCUCGGACAGAAUGUGCAAACGGAGGAAAAGGAACAGCGGUUCUCAAUCUCCAUCAAGGGAGAAUUUAUCACCAAACGGAGACCAAAGCGAGGAGACGGCGUGCACCCCUGUGCGGAGACCGCGGGCAGAGAGGGUCAGAAAGCAGAAUAUCAUUUCUAAACUGUCAGAUUCUGGUUUCGAAGAGGACUUCCUAACUCCAACUCCGACCCCAUCGCAGUUUCGGAAAUGUCAUUGUCCGGUAACAGAUGAAGACUCGCUGGCACCAAGGAGUUCCGACACACUGUUGUUUAAUUGGUAUCAACACUACGGCGAGAUUAGUUAUCAGAUACAGAAACUCAAAGAGCCGCAGUUUCAUCCAGUCAACUGUCUGGUUCGACAACCGCAGGUAUGGAAGCAACAGGUUAAUACUGCAGUUCGUUCCAGAUACACAGCAUUUACUGCGCAGGUCUUCUCAUGCAGAUUCAAGAUAGCAUAAAAAUAGAGUAGAAUAAUACUUUAUUGUUAAUUUUGUGAGAAAUUGACAUUUGUCUUCUCCUUAUCUCAACCCAGUUAUGAUAAUAGACCUGCCAAUAUUUAAACAGUUAUCAUUUAGACAUAUAACAGCAAUUUAUGACAUGUCUUACAGUAAUUUAGUUCUACACUGUAACAGAAAACUGUCAUUUGUAGCUGUCAAAUUCAUGGUAACCCCUUUACGGUGUAGGUAGGUUUUAUAACUGCCAAUUGUGAUUGUCUAACCGUGCUCUUUGCGUCUGUAUUCUCCAGGUGACAGCCGAGUCGCGCUGUAAGCUGGUCAGCUGGCUUAUCCCCGUACACCGAUACCUGUGUCUGUCCUUCGAGUGUUGCUGCCUGGCGGUCAACAUCAUGGACCGCUUCCUAGCUUCCACGUCCGUGGCUGCUGACUGCUUCCAGCUGCUGGGAGUCACCGCCCUGCUGCUCGCCUGUAAACAGGUGCGUAUGAUACAUGUGUGUCGACUAUUCAGGGAGGGAGUCAACUAAUCGAUCCGUUUUGAUGCUCUGGGCGUAGGACGAAUUGUGUUUUAGGGAAAGUCUGUAAAUGAAGAGUUUCUUUUCCAAAACGCUAUAUAUCCAUUUUCAGAAAUGUGUGUAAAUUAGCAUUUAUUGUUUAAAGAACUUAUGAGGGAGAUUGGUGUGUUUUUUCACUACUCAUGACAUGAGGUUGUUCAGUGACUGUUUUUUUUGCAUAACACUGUACUGUAUAUCCGCCUCACUGUCUUAAGAGUUUGCUCCUAAUCUCAGCUCCUUACCUGUAUAAAAGACACCUGGGAGCCAGAAAUCUUUCUGAUUGAGUGGGGGUCAAAUACUUAUUUCCCUCAUUAAAAUGCAAAUCAAUUCAUAACAUUUUUGACAUGCGUUUUUCUGGAUUUUUGUUGUUGUUAUUCUGUCUCUCACUGUUCAAAUAAACCCACCAUUAAAAUUAUAGACUGAUCAUUUCUUUGUCAGUGGGCAAACGUACAAAAUCAGCAGGCGAUGAUUGUAUAUCCGCCUCACUCUCAGAGAAAAAAGUAGAACUGCUAGGCUUUACACAGUCAAACGGAACAAAUAACUAAAUGUUUACUAAAGAACUGUACAAAUUAUACAUUUGUGACAUCAACAUUUAAAGUUUAUUUUUAAUGAGUGCAUACGGUAAUAUGAGAUCUGUAUGUAAAAUAUUUUCAUUUAACAUUUUAGUCGUUUAGCAGAUGCUGUUAUCCAGAGACAACCACAUAUCACAGUCAAAUAGACAACCACAUAUCACAGUCAAAUAGACAACCACAUAUCACAGUCAAAUAUACAACCACAUAUCACAGUCAAAUAUACAACCACAUAUCACAGUCAAAUAUACAACCACAUAUCACAGUCAAAUAUACAACCACAUAUCACAGUCAAAUAUACAACCACAUAUCACAGUCAAAUAUACAACCACAUAUCACAGUCAAAUAUACAGAAUACGAAUAUUCCAUUCCAGCUAAACAAUGAUAUAGCGUUUAGCAAAAAAUACACACCUAAAAUCUAUUAAUAAAAAAUCUGAAAACAGUAAUAUUUUACACUCACAUAAAGAUGCCCAUAAACAAUCAUUUCUGGUGAAGAAACACAAAUGUGACAAAUUGAUAGAGAUAGCGUUUUGGAAAUAAACCCUUCAUAUUAUGGUGCGCGUGUGACUUGGUCUCUUUCUCUCUGUUCCCCUUUCUAAUUCUAUUCAGGUGGAGGUGUUUUGUCCACGGAUCAGCCAGCUCCUGUCUCUGUGUUGUGACGCCUUCUCCAGGGAGCAGCUCUGUAACCUGGAAUGUCUCAUCCUGCUCCGCCUCAACUUCCGCCUAGCUGCACCAACCAUAGCCUUCUUCCUGGACUUCUACACCAAUCACAGCCAGGCUGGCCGGCAUAUGGGCGGGGACGGAGUCAGCAACGUUACCCAUAGGCUGGCUGGGGAUAAGGGUGAGGAAGUGAAGAGGCGAAACAGGGGCAGCGGAUUGGCUCUUAGGGUGUGUGAGCUCACUCUGGCCGACUACGCCUUCAAUAAGUACACACCUUCCCUGACCGCCUGCUGUGCUCUGGCUCUAGCCAAUCAACUGCUGAGAACCAGCCAGGGCCCAGAUGAGCCAGCCAAUCAGCUGCUGAGGAUCAACCCUGAGGGCCCUGAGGAAGAGCCAAUGGACCAAUCCCUGACAUCGGAGCUCACAUAUGGCCACGCCUCCUCGCAAGAGGACCAACAGGGACAACGCUGCUUAUCUGAGAAUGAUCCUGUCCACUCAGAGAAUGACCAUUCCCAUCAAACCUUGCCUGAGACUAGUAAUCACGCUUGUAUUGACAAUGACUCCUCUCUUUCAGUUGUUGGUCACCUCCUAUCUGUGAAUGACUCCACCCAGUCAAUGGAUGACCCUUCCCCAUCUGGGAACACCUCAGCCCUGGUUGAGGGAGACCAGACCCAUGCUCCUCUCGCCCAGGAGUGUAGAGAGGCAGACCAGACUCAUGCUCUCUACCUGGAGUGUAGAGAGGGAGACCAGACUCAUGCUCUCUACCUGGAAUGUUUAGACAACCUUAGAUUGCUGGUGUCACUCAACCAGGAUGCACUGCAGGCCAUGAUAACUCUGUGA